AUGAUUUUGCGUGCAACUUAUUACUACCGCCAUCUCUUUGACAUCACUUGGUGGAUGAGGUUCGCCAGAGAGCUCAAUCUCAAAUACACCCUCAAGGAUGACGACAAGCACAAUGCCCUCAUCUACGAGACAUCUAGAAUGAAUGGCUCUAUCCUAUUCAAACCAUACAUCGACCAAGUGCUCGAAUGGAUAACUCAAGGUGUACCAAGAGCAAAGGAACUCUAUCAACGACUCUGGGGUGCACUCAGCAAGCGCAACAAGAUCAAACAGCUGAUCAAAGUCGACAACAACAACACUCAAAGAACUAUCGAAUACCAACUGGAUGACGACUUUACAACAGAGCGAAUCACACCUACAGCCAAUGGCGUCAUGAUCAAAGCAGCAAACAACAUCGACCAGUUCGACACACCAUUCGCUAGGAUAAUGCCAUUCAUUAUAUCCAGCGGCCGCAAGAUGAUCGCUACAAUAAUAAAGGAUGAUAUUGACAACAUCAAGUUCGUGCACACUGAUGGAUUCGUCACAACCAAGGAAUGGACUGAGAAGCAAGGUAAGAAGUCUCUUGACUAUCCAUCACUUGGACAAGAGUGUGGUGACCUGAGAUAUGAAGGAUAUUGUAAGGCAACAGUUAAGAACAUGGCCAAACCAAUUGGAGAGUUUAAAUGA